CAUUGGCCAGUUUAAUGGCCAACCCUUUUUUUGAAUUUUGUCUUGUAUCGCUCUAAACAGUUUGUUAGCAGACGCUGUUUGUAGUCAGUAAAGGAGGUUAAACGUUUGAACUCAAGUGCAGAUAGAAAACUGACUAACGUCGUGGCCUUUUGAGGUUGAAGAUAAAUGAUCAGCCAACAUGACGCUCAACUUGGGUGUUAGGGCUCUUCUCGGCUGGGUAAACAGCUUAAAACUGGCCAACCAAGAACUAACUAUUGACGAUUUACGUGAUGGAUUGGUCAUAUUUAAAGUUGUUUGUAUGCUUAAAAAAGGACCCAGUCCUUAUUUGACUUCUUCCACCGAUGAUCCAUUGAAACUCAUUGCAGAUUUCUUGCAAAAGGAUUGCAGAUUUCGUGGAGCAUCAUUAUGUUGGAACAACAUGACAGAUGACACCAGUCUAACUAUAGAAAUUGCAAAGGUGCUCCUGUUGCUUGUGUACCAUGACAUGAUGAACGAACGCUGUACCCUUCAUUUGUUAGAUUCUGACACAGAGCAAGAGAUAGCAAACUUGACCAGUCGCUUUGUGAUGGAGAGCGAGGGCUCUGUUAAUCUCAGUCAUGGACUUGAUGCAUAUUUGGCAAGGAGAUAUUUGCCUGUCUGUCGUGAAAUAUUGGAUCGAACAACAACCACCCCAUCCUCAACUGUGUCAACUAUCUCUUCAGUCUCAGAUGAUGAGUCCCCCAUCUUUCGUCGAACACACAAAAUUAUGUUUAUGGAGAUGCAAACUGUGGCCUCGUCCUCAGUCAGCAAGUCCCCUCUGCAGGACAUUAUGAACACACCCAAAUUUCAGUUGAGGAAGAUGCAGAGACAGAUGAUCAAGGAGCGAGACUACAGAGACAGCUUGGAAAGGGAGCUGGCCAGCAAGAUCACACUUAUUACACAAAGAGAGUCGCUGAUUAAUCAGCUUCAGUACCACCUGGACAAGAUGAAAGAAGAGCAGAAUAAUCAGGAACAGGUUACCAGGGAACAAAUCAACGAGCUGGAGAUGAAGAAUGACACGUUACAUGUGCGCCUUAAUGAGAUGCUGAAGCAAAAUAAAGACCUCAAGAAUACUUCUUUAUUAAUGGAGCGGAAAGUAGACGACCUUACGGAUGAGAAUGGUGUUCUCUCCUCCCAGGUGAGAGCUGUGUGUUCGCAGCUUGCUACCUUUGAGGCAGAAGUUAGCCGACUGACAGAAAUCCAAGCAUCGGCUCAGGAGGAGUGGACAAGCAAAACAAGCCACCUGCAGUUUGAACUUCACCAAGCUACUGCUCAAAAGGAGCUCUUGACAGAACAAAUCCAAAUCCUUCAGGGAAAGAUUUCCUGUUUGGAGGAUGAAAUAAUUAGGGUCACAAAGGAAGAAGUGGGAGAGAAUAUGGGACCUGUAAUGGAGAGGGAAAUGUUUGAGACUAAAAUCAACAAUUUGAGGAAUGAACUGGAGAGCACGUUUAGCUCCCUGAAAAAGGCCGAGCUGGAGGUUGAGGCCAAAUCACAAAAGCUGGCAGAUUAUCAACAGGAAAUCAGCCAACAGAAAGAGCUGCUGGAGCAACAGAAGUCGGAGGCUGAAGAAAUUAUUCAAGCAAAGGAUGAAAUCUUGGACAAGAUUCAAAAGGAGAUGUCUGAACAGAGAGCACGCCUCCAGCAGGAGAUCGAGGAUCUUAAGCUUCAACUCGAGAAAGUUGAGCAGCAGAGAACGGAGCAGACGACCAGACUGCAGCAGCAUGUUGCUGUUUGUGAACAGGAAAUCCAGAAACUAAAGGAUUUAAAAAAAGAAAAGGAAGAUCUUCUAAACCAGACUGAAGAAAAAGUGAAAGAUCUUGAGACAAGGUUAUGUGCUGCAGGUUCCUGCUUGGCUGAUAGAGACCAACAAAUUAACACUCUUAUGGAAGAAGUUGACAGUCUUACGGAUGAAACUAAAAGAAACAAAGAUGAAAUCAAAGCUAAAGAGGAAAUGCUUGCCAGUUUACAACUGCAGAAAUUGAAUGAGCAAAAAAUUCUUCAUGAUAAAAUCCAGACUUUAGCAGUUCAAGUGGAUGUGCUUGGCUCGUCUCUCAAACAGGCAGAGCAACAAAUUCUAAUUGAGCAAGAACUUUUAGCCAAAACCCAACAAGAGAAUGUCCAACAAACGGAGUCACUACAGCUAAGGAUUGCAAGCUGUGAAGAGGAGAUUCAGAGGCUUCAAGCACAGAUCCAAACCAAAAAUGAGCAGCUUGUCAAGCUACAGACUGAAAGUGCUCUGCAGACUGAAAUCAUGGAGCGAGGGAUUAAUGACUUAAAAAGUAAUUUAGAAAGUCUGAAUGACUCCCUCACACAAGCUAAGGAACACGCUGAGGCUCAGCAGGUACUGCUUAACAACCAGCAACAGGAGAGUGCUCAUCAGAAAGAGCUGCUGCAACAGCAGCUGUCUGCCUCUGAGGAGCAGGUUCACAGCAUGAAGGAGGAGAUCCAGACAAAAGAGGAAGAAAUGAACAGGCUAAAAGAUCAAAAGGUACAGGAGGCAGAACUACUAAAUAAUGAGAUCCAAGACUUGAAGAAGCAGGUUGAGUGUCUCUGCUCUUCACUGAAGUCUGCUGAGGAGACUUUAAAAACCAAGGAACAUGUGUUUGCGGAGCAGCAGAUACAGAACAGUCAGCAGAUGGAGCUACUGCAGGCUCAGAUGGUAGCCUCUCAUGAUGAAGUGAAGAGGCUAAAUGCAGAGAUUAAUGCUAGGGAGGAACAGCUGGUUCAGCUGAAGUCUGAGACGUCUACACACUCGCAGCAGCUUCAGGAGGAAAUUGACCAUCUAACUAAACAAAUGCAAAUCAUGAGCAGUUCUCUUCAGGAGGCAAAAGACCAAGUUCAGGCUAAAGAUGAUUUGUUGGCCAAGCAGCAGCAGGACAGCACUCUGCAGAUUGAGGCUCUUAAGGAACACAGUGCUGCUCUGGAGGAGAAGAUCAAUCAGCUGCAGGAGGAAGUCCAAACCAAAGAAAGUGAAGCUGCUCAGCUCAAGGUUGAAAGCAGCAAAGAGUCAGAAGUUCUACAGAAUGAGAUCCAAGCUCUGAAAGGUCAAGUCUUGGGUCUGAGUGAGUCACUGAAAACUGCAACAGAGCAGGUCCAGGCUAAAGAGGAAGAACUGGCUCAGAAAAACCUAGAGCUUUCUCAGGAGAAGGAGACCUUCAAGUUCAAGAUUUCAGCCUCUGAAGAGGAGAUGGGAGGACUUAAAGAGCAGAUUCAGAUUAAAGAGGAGCAACUAGUCUCACUAAAACAUGACAGCUCUGCACAUUCUGACAAGCUACAACAAGAGAUCAGCGCUCUAACAAAGGAACUAGAUGAGAUGAGCUCUUCUCUUACAAAGGCUGAGGAAAGGAUUCAGAUGCAUCUUGUUACCAUUAACAACCAGGAACAGGAGAGUGCUAAUCAGAAAGAGCUCCUGCAACAACAACUGUCUGCCUCUGAGGAGCAGGUCCAGAGCAUGAAGGAGGAGAUCCAGACAAAAGAGGAAGAAGUAAACAGACUGAAAUAUCAGAGUUCACAGGAGGCAGAACUAUUAAAUAACGAGAUCCAAGACUUGAAGAAGCAGGUUGACCGUCUCUGCUCUUCACUGAAGUCUGCUGAGGAGACUUUACAAACCAAGGAACAUGUAUUUGCAGAGCAGCAGAUACAGAACAGUCAGCAGAUGGAGCUACUGCAGGCUCAGAUGGUAGCAUCUCAUGAUGAAGUGAAGAGGCUAAAUGCAGAGAUUAAUGCUAGGGAGGAACAGCUGGUUCAGCUGAAGUCUGAGACGUCUACACACUCGCAGCAGCUUCAGGAGGAAAUUGACCAUCUAACUAAACAAAUGCAAAUCAUGAGCAGUUCUCUUCAGGAGGCAAAAGACCAAGUUCAGGCUAAAGAUGAUUUGUUGGCCAAGCAGCAGCAGGACAGCACUCUGCAGAUUGAGGCUCUUAAGGAACACAGUGCUGCUCUGGAGGAGAAGAUCAAUCAGCUGCAGGAGGAAGUCCAAACCAAAGAAAGUGAAGCUGCUCAGCUCAAGGUUGAAAGCAGCAAAGAGUCAGAAGUUCUACAGAAUGAGAUCCAAGCUCUGAAAAAUCAAAUGCUGGGUCUGAGUGAGUCACUGAAAACUGCAACAGAGCAGGUCCAGGCUAAAGAGGAAGAACUGGCUCAGAAAAACCUAGAGCUUUCUCAGGAGAAGGAGACUUUCAAAAUGAAGAUUUCAGCCUCUGACGAGGAGAUGGGAGGACUUAAAGAGCAGAUCCGGAUUAAAGAGGAGCAACUAGUCUCACUAAAACAUGACAGCUCUGCACAUUCUGACAAGCUACAACACGAGAUCAGCGCUCUAACAAAGGAACUAGAUGAGAUGAGCUCUUCUCUUACAAAGGCUGAGGAAACGAUUCAGAUGCAUCUUGUUACCAUUAACAACCAGGAGCAGGAGAGUGCUAAUCAGAAAGAGCUCCUGCAACAACAACUGUCUGCCUCUGAGGAGCAGGUUCACAGCAUGAAGGAGGAGAUCCAGACAAAAGAGGAAGAAAUGAACAGGCUAAAAGAUCAAAAGGUACAGGAGGCAGAACUACUAAAUAAUGAGAUCCAAGACUUGAAGAAGCAGGUUGAGUGUCUCUGUUCUUCACUGAAGUCUGCUGAGGAGACUUUACAAACCAAGGAACAUGUGUUUGCGGAGCAGCAGAUACAGAACAGUCAGCAGAUGGAGCUACUGCAGGCUCAGAUGGUAGCAUCUCAUGAUGAAGUGAAGAGGCUAAAUGCAGAGAUUAAUGCUAGGGAGGAACAGCUGGUUCAGCUGAAGUCUGAGACGUCUACACACUCGCAGCAGCUUCAGGAGGAAAUUGACCAUCUAACUAAACAAAUGCAAACCAUAAGCAGUUCUCUUCAGGAGGCAAAAGACCAAGUUCGGGCUAAAGAUGAUUUGUUGGCCAAGCAGCAGCAGGACAGCACUCUGCAGAUUGAGGCUCUUAAGGAACACAGUGCUGCUCUGGAGGAGAAGAUCAAUCAGCUGAAAGAGGAAGUCCAAACCAAAGAAAGUGAAGCUGCUCAGCUCAAGGUUGAAAGCAGCAAAGAGUCAGAAGUUCUACAGAAUGAGAUCCAAGCUCUGAAAAAUCAAAUGCUGGGUCUGAGUGAGUCACUGAAAACUGCAACAGAGCAGGUCCAGGCUAAAGAGGAAGAACUGGCUCAGAAAAACCUAGAGCUUUCUCAGGAGAAGGAGACCUUCAAGUUCAAGAUGUCAGCCUCUGAAGAGGAGAUGGGAGGACUUAAAGAGCAGAUCCGGAUUAAAGAGGAGCAACUAGUCUCACUAAAACAUGACAGCUCUGCACUUGAGGUUUCACUGAGAAAGGCAGUGGAGGAAAUGCAAUCUAAGGAUGAGCUGUUGGUGCAAAAGCAGCAGGAGAAUGCUCACCUGGUGAAGUCACACCAUAGUUUGGAGGAGAGAGUCAAACAAGUGGAUAUUCUACAGAAACAGAUCUACACCUACAAGGAGGAGAUUCAAAAGCUAAAUGAAUCUGUCCUUAAGAAGGAGAAGCUCCUACGGGCUCAGGAGAAGCUUCAAGAGCAGGUGGAAUCCAUUUCUCAGCAACUCCAUGCCAAGGAGCAGAUGUUACUUGAAGCUAAACAGGAAUGUGCACAGCAGGUGAACAUUCUCCAGCAGCAGCUUUGCUCCGUGAACGCGGAACUGAGUCAACACAAAGAAUCUGCAGCCCUCAGGCUAAAAGAAGUUACAGAGGAGCUGCAGGUUGUCACUUUAAAGGAAAAGGAGACUCUUGUCGAAAAAGAAAUACUUCUGGCGAAGACAGUCCAGACAGAAAAGGCUGUAAACACUUUGGAGAAACGAGUCGAAGUUAUGACCGUAGAGGCUGAGAAACUCACUCAAGCAAAGCAGUCUUUAGAGAGAGAGACCGCAGCCUCCCGUAAGCUGGAAUCUGUCCUACAGCAGGAGCUGGAAAUGCUCAAAAAGGAGAACGAGAAACUCUUGCAGGAGAGAGAAACGGUAGAAGAAAGCAAGGCCCUGAUGAGAGACCUGCAGGAUCAGCUCUCUGAGAAGUCAGGGGCCGUAGAACACUACAAGGCGCAGAUGGAGAACGCGGCUAAUCACUACAAAAGCAAGAAGCAGCUUCUCCAGAAAAGCGAGGAGGAGGUGGCCAAUCUGAGGCAUUUGAUGGACAUCAAAGAGCAGGAACUGAAAAGCACCGCACUGGAAAACAAGCGGCUUCAGUUGGAUUUGGACCAGGUGCAAAGCAGCGAGAAGAAACUUCUGAAAACCGUGGCCAGUUUGGAGGCACAGCUGGCUUACGCAGAUCGUAACCUGCGGGCACAAAAUAAGAUCUACGGAAACGAAGGCCGAACCGCAGACUCGAGCUACUUGAAGGUUCCCACUGCGUAUUCAAGCACUGACGUGAGAGAACCCGUGAGGAGAACGUUGAGCUCCGACAGCCUGGACCACAGCUCCCUGGACGACUCUCUAAACAGCACCAGGAAGCUGUCAGCGCCUGAAGAGUCCAGCACGCCGCUGGUUCGUAGCUCGGAGCGUCUGGCCAAACGCCGCGCUCUGCAGGCCGAGUCCCUGGAAACCUUGUACUUCACACCUAUAAACGCCAAGCAAGUCAGCAGGGCCAGUACACAUCACAAAGAACUGGAUUCAGAACGGAAAAAUCCAACAUCAUCCGUCAAACGACGAAGGACGACGCAGGUUAUAAACAUCACUUUGACCAAGAAAACUCCAGGCUGUGGUGAAGAAGAUGAGACUUUCUAUAGUCUGGCUUCAGCCCGCUCCCAACCAAACCUUUCAAGUGCCCACUCGGCACGGCCGGUGUCUAUGGAGCUGUUUGAAACACCUGCCAAAAGGACCGCUGGGGCCAGCGACCAGCUUCUCGGUCUUCCAGGGUUGAGACGGAGCACAAUUCAUUCACAGACCACUAGUACAUUCUGUGUGAAGGCAGAGAAUGAGCCGGAAAGUGGACCUGACGAUUGGAUGAGAAUUGCUGAGCUCCAGGCCAGAAACAAGGCCUGCCUUCCUCACUUGAAGAGCAGCUACCCCAUCGAGUGUGAGACUGGCCGUAAUGGUGCAUUCAUCUUCACGGACGAAGAGCUUCGUACAGGAGAUCCAUCUGACACGAUCCGUCGGGUGUCCAUGAUGCCCGGCCAACUGCAAGACUCGCUGGUUUCCCAUCGACAGUCGCUCAUGUUGGGACAGACGGGUGUCGCAGCCAACACUCGUUCCCACCGUCUGUCUUUGAUGCCUGGUCAACUGUCAUCAAAAGCUCCCAGCUCUGCUCAGCUGAGAAGCCCGAUUGGGACAAAGCGGACUUCAUCUGUGUUGUCUGUAAAUCACACUUCGCCUGAGAAAAAGGUGAAGGCCAGCUGCUUCCCCCGGCCCCUGACUCCCAAAAACAAAAAUGUGAUCAGUGGGUCCACUUCUCAUCUUCACCCUGUUCUCAGUCCAGCUGAACGCCGCCAGUCUAUGAUGUUCAGUAUUGACAACACCCCCAAGAAAAACAACUACCUAAAGAAAGGGCUGAACAAAUUACGCAGCUCCACCAGGAAAUCACCUGGCAAAGUUUCAAAGAAGUCCCCCGCUCAGACAACUUCAUGCAAGUCCCAGGAAAACAUGUUUUCUCACCCUGGACAAGGAAGAACAGGGAGAGGCAGGAACUUUAAAUCUCCACAACCUACCAGCAGACCGGCAAAGUCUCCUGGACUGACGUCUAGUGCUCGCAAGGACAUUGCUGGAGCCCUUUAAAGAUAAUGCGAAGGAUGAAUGUGUGAUGACAAUCAUUCCUAAAUCGAAGUACAGAUCUUCUACUAGUCUAUUUUACUACUUUGUCCUUAAGGACUUUUCUCAACGUUGGUUGUCUUAAUCUGCCCUUCUUUCAUUUGUAUAAUAUUUACAUAUUUGAAUAAAAUACUUUAAAUACCA